AUGCUGGGUAUCAUAGCGACAGUGUUUGUGGCUUACUCUUUCACGUCAUAUAUUCUGCUGAGGAGACCGAUCAUAUUUCUCAGAAGAAAGCGGCUUCCUUUCGAAGCCUCUCAUAUUAGUCACCGGGGUGGUUCAGGAGAACAGAUUGAAAAUACUUUAGAGGCUUUCAGUAGCUCUUUUCUUGUUGGCACAAAUAUGUUCGAGACUGAUUGUCAUAUCACGAAAGAUAAUCAGGUUGUCGUAUUUCAUGAUAAUACGCUAGAUCGUUCUACUGGAGUGUCGGGUUUAGUGAAAGAAUUUUCAUACGAAGAUUUACCUAGAUACCUUAGAGUAAUUGAAGUUCAAUUCACCCCAGGCUCCUUUUGUAUUGCGGAGUCUCCCUCCUCAUAUAAAAUUCCACGAUUAGAGGACUUGUUUAAUAAGUUUCCAAAUACCCCCAUCAAUAUUGAUAUUAAAGUUAAUGACAAUCUUCUCAUCAAUGAGGUUGCCCGCCUUACUGAAACUUACAAUCGAGAGCAUAUAACUGUAUGGGGGUCAAUAAAUUCAAAAGUAUCAAAAAAAUGUGAAUUACGCAAUAAAAACAUUCUCACUUUUGCUCCAAUUUCGUAUGUAAUAUGGAUAAUGGCGUGUUAUGUUGUGGGACUACUCCCUUUCAUACCUAUAAAAUAUGAUUGUUUUGAAAUUCCUUUAGUUUCUGUUAUUCGAUCUAACGAGUUUGCCAGACGACGUCAUUGGGAUCGCUUUUUACCUCAUACAGUUCUUCUGCUCUCAGAUUUCAUAUUAUCGUCACCUUUGUUCAUCGAACAUCUACGAAAACGUGGACUUCCGGUAUUCUUCUGGGUGUGUAACAAUGAAGAGGAUAUGGAGAAAGCUUUUGAACUUGGAGCUUCAGGAUACGUUACCAUGAACACUACCAGUAAUGCCCACAGUCACAGUCCUAUGAAAGACGUUUAUCUUGGAACGGAAUGCGGCAAGAUAGCUGAAGUUAAUGAGUCGAUCAUUGGAAGGCGAAUAGUACAUGAAAAAAACUUUGGGACCAUCUGUUAUGUCGGUGAGUUGCCGAGAUCGAAUGGGUCUUGGCUUGGAGUUGAUUGGGAUGACCAAUCGCGUGGCAGACAUGAUGGGACUUACGAUGGUGUCCGGUAUUUUCAGGCUAAAUGUCCCACUUCCGGUUCAUUUGUGAGGCCUUCAAAGGUGUCAUUGGGUACCAGUCUAGAGGAAGCUCUCGUAUAUAGAUAUGCCGUCUGCACAACUUGUCAACUGGAAAUCCAGACUUCUUUGCGAUCACGGGAAAAGCCCACAGGUAGUUCUCAUAAUAUCCUCGUUCAUGAAUGCACCCAACUUGGUCAUCUAAACAGUUACCUUGGUAGUACUGCGGAGGAAGCUGAAUACUUUGGUACUCACGGAUACCCAAAAGACACAUUACGUGUCGAACUUUACACUAAUCCUGGGACUUACCAUCAAUCGACUUCUCAUGACGAAUUAUGUGGAGCAGAUGCAGCCAAAAGUUGUCUCAGCCGAUUAAAUAGUGUUAGUUUGUCUUCUGUGCCCGUAUAUCGUGCACUAUAUGGAAAAAGUGACUUUUUCCCUGAUCGACAACCUGAAUACUCACCACUUUGGCCAUCAUCUGGAGGCUGUCUCGACCAGUUUUUAUCCAGUUUAUGCGAUCUGGAAAUGAGCAAUUGUCUGUUGUCAAAGUGGACAGAAAUUGCUGAGAUUUGUAUUCAAAUUCCGUGGUUAAAAUCCUUGAAUGUCAGUAACAACCGCAUUCGUCUACCUGUUUCUCCAAAAGAAGCUCAUGAUAAACAAAAAGAAAAUGAAUGUCUGGAAUCUAGACUUUUAUAUGACAUAUAUUCGGACCCUGUCCUAAGUGAACGGUUGUGUUCGAACGCUUUUCCCCAGUUGUCGCAACUUACUUUAGUCAAAUGCUCACUCCUAAAUUGGAAAAGUAUUAGGAGAAUAUUAUGUUGGAUGCCAUCCUUACAGUCGUUAUCUCUAGCUUACAAUAAUCUGGGCAAUCCCCCAAUUGACUGGGAAGAAAAUGCUAUUGAAGUUUUCCAAAAGUUGACUGAAUUAGACUUAACUCACAUAAAUCUAACGUCCGCUCAUCAGUUAUUUGCCCUUAUUGGAGCCUCCAAAUGUCUGAACAGCCUGUUGUUAAAUUACAACGAGAUAGCAGACAUUCCAAAUCUAAAUGAUCAUUCUAAGCACAUCUGCCAAAUACAUGUACACGAUAAAGAUAGUUCACAUCUGUUUCGAAACCUUAACACUCUUGGGUUAAAGAACAACUUAUUCACAAAUUGGAAUUUCGUUAAUCAAUUACUGCAUUUGUCCAAAUUGGAUCAUUUGAUGGUAUCAGGAUGCCCAGUUUUCGAAAACUCUGUCAGUAUAGAAACCGCUCGUCAGGAAGUCAUUGCUCGUUUGCCAAAUCUUAAAAUGUUAGACCGUGUUGAGAUUACUCCUGAAGAGCGCCGCGGAUCUGAAUUGGACUACUUAAAACGUUACGGAGCUAGCUGGCUAAACUGUUGUAAAAGUGAUCAAAAUAGUAAGCAAAAUAACGAUGUUAAACUUUUGGAGGAAUUCUACAAAUUGCAUCCUGUUUUCGCCAGACUUUGCGAUAAACAUGGAGCUCCUGAAAUUGGAGAAACCAAGCCAGUUAACCGCUCAAUUAAAGCUGGUCUUCUAUCUCUUAUCUUUAUAUUACAACAUAACAAGAACAAUGGCGCAACAAACAAGCCUAGCAGUCGAUCAUCAUCGCCAAUGGAUAAAAACGAUCGAAUUCAAAAACAAAUACCUAGUCAAAUGACUAUUAACCAUUUACGUAUGAUGAUAAGACGAUUGUUUUGUUUAUCACCAAAAACACUGUUUGAAUUAUAUGCACAAAGUGGAAGGCAUCGUGGUAUUGUUAACACUGAAAUACCGUUGGAUGUAGAUACACGUGAAAUAGGAUUUUAUAAUUUAGAAAAUGACGAUUAUAUUUUUAUACGAAUAUGA